GGGGGAGAGCAGACGCCUGGGUUCUCUGGGAGGGGAGGAGGGCUGGGGAGUGGGAGAGACCCCAGGUGUCUGGCUCUCUGCCCCCCCACCCCUGCUGUCACCCUCCAGCCAUCAUGCCUUGCCCAGAGAACCCAGGUGUCUGGGCUCUAACCAGUGCCCUCCACUACCCUCCCCGUGCCCUUGUCGGGUCCUUAUCGGGGCCGUGUUAUCGGACACGGGACACAGGACACGCACAGGGCUGUGGGGGUGGGAACAUGAGUGUACAUGGAACCUAGUUGUCGGGGACACGCACACAAGCAUGCACGCACGCGUGCGCACAUACACCCCCCCACCCCACACACACACCCUUGGGCCUUGUCCAUGGCACUUCUCCCCCCCACAAGGAACCCAGGCGUCCGGCCUCCCAGUCCACCCCCCACCCCCAGCUUCCUCAUUCCCAAUUAAAACCUGUGUGAUGUCACUGGGGUUCCCCCCCACCCCAGUGCCCCCUGGGGCAGAGGGGCCAGGCAGAGGAGAGGAAGGUUUGGACACUUGGCAAGUUCCUAAUUCACUUCCUCUUCAUAGGGGUGAUCCCAGCUCUCUCCCUCACCCCAGACUGGGACCAGCUGACUGGACAACAUGCCCGAGCUGGACACAUCUCAUCCCCAAUCACCCGCUUUGGAGCACAUGCCUGGGCCCAGCUGUGGUUUUUAUUGGCAGAGUCCAACCCCCGUGGGGGGGGACACAGCCCCCACUGGGACCCCCCUUAGGCGGAGAAGAGGUGUGAUGAAGACGAUGGUGAGGAUGAUGGUGAGGAAGAUGCCGAGGCCCAGAGCCACAUGAUUGAUGACCCAGGCCCAUGCCAAGCUGCGCUGCACCCUUUCUACAUCACCCACCAGAGUGGGUGCAUGGCAGCCCUGGGACCCUGGAGAUCAUCCCGGCUGACGGUGCUGUGGAGCUUGGAAACGAGACCUUCUUCCUGUGCCAGGUGCGUGGCGGGGGCGAGGCAAGCCCGAUGUGGCUGGGCCCGGAUGAGGCCAUGGUGCCAGAGGGGGACCACAGCGCCGAGGCGGGGCCGUUCCGGCAGCGGCGGGUUGACGAGCGCCGCGCUGAGCUGCAUGUGAUGCUGACGGUGCCGGGGCAGGGCGGGCGCUUCCAGUGCCAAGGGCGCCUUUGACUCUGGGGAUGACGUUGCUGCCAACAUCGACAUCCGCCCUGCUGAGGACCCCCAGAUCGUGGCCCUGACCCCAGCGCUGGAGGUGGCCGAAGGGGCCGCAGCCGAGGUCAAAUGUGAGGUCACGGGGACCCCAACCCCCACUGUGACCUGGGAGCGCGGAGGGCGUGACAUGGCCACCUUGGGGGACCGCCGCCUGGUAGUGCAGGAGGGGACACUGGUUGUGGUGGCGGCGCAGCCGGGCGACGCUGGUGUCUACACGUGUCGCGGGCGCCAGGCCCGGCGUGGGCGUGAGGUCAUGCGCACGGUCACGCUCAGCGUGCUCUUUUCCCCCAGGAUUGAGACCCCCCACAACAGCUCAGUCUGUGCCUGGCUGGGGACUCCUGUGACCGUGAACUUCACUGUCUGGGCCCACCCUGCCCCCACAGCCACUGUGGCCUGGCAGGGCAAGAUCCUCGCCCUGCAGCCCCUGGGCCGGGAUGGCGCCCGGCACCACUAUGCCCUGCAGGUGACCCCCAAGACCCUGUGGGACUUCUCCUCGGAGCUGGUGCUGGAGGCCUCCAAUGCAGUUGGGGCCGUGCACCAUGCCCUGCGCCUGGAACAGGCAGAAGGCUGGAGGCUGCCCCCAGGGUCCGUGGCUGGGCUGGUGGCCUCCAUCUUCCUCCUUGUCCUGCUGGGCCUGGACCUCGGCUGCUGCUUGCGGAAGGGCCGCGGGGUCCUGGCUUGGACCCGAGACCGGCUGCGGCACAGUGGCAAGGCCCCGGGGCAGUCAGUCGUGAACGUGUCUAGCCUCGACGCCUGAGCCGGGAGGGAACCCAGGAGUCCGGGGACCUGCCCCCGGCCCCAUGCCUGUCCUGGAGCUGCUGAGAACCCGGGCAUCUGGGCCACUCUGGCUCUCAAUAAAGCUAUUCCUGACCCUG